AUGAGCAACCCCUACAACUCUUAUGAGUUGCAGAACGUCAACAAGUACUCGUCUUCCGGGGACGAUGACUUUGUGUCGUUUAUGAACGAAAUUCAGGAUAUCAACAACUCGUUAGACCAAUAUGGUAACUUAAUCAAUUUAAUUUCCAACAAACAAAGAAACCUCCUCCAAGAAUUGGACUUGAAUGAAGAGGACAGCGAUUACAGCUCGCAGCAGAUCGACGCGUUAAUCUCCGAGGCUCAAUCUUUGCAGUUAGAUUUGAAAAACCGUAUAAAAAACGUGCAGACCCAGGCGGCCACUGCUCGAGACCAAACCAAGAUGGACCAGGCGGAGACGUGCCGAAAGCGGUUUUUGGAGCUUAUUCAGGAUUACCGUAUGACAGAGGCAAACAACCGUGAGCAAACCAAGGUCCAGGCAGAACGUCAAUACCGUAUUGUUAAACCUGAAGCUUCGGAUGCCGAGGUAAAGGCUGUGGUGGAAGAUGGAAAUGGUCAGCAGUAUUUCCAGCAGGCGUUGAUGCAAUCCAACAGACGUGGAGAGGCAAGAACUGUGUUGAACGAGGUGCAAAUUAGACAUCGUGAAUUAUUGAAAUUGGAACGUACCAUGGCCGAAUUGACCCAGUUAUUCCAUGACAUGGAGGAGUUGGUUAUCGAACAGGACCAGCCUAUUCAACAAAUUGACGAGCAGAUCGGAGCCGCCCAGCACGAUAUUGAGCAGGGUGUGGGCCACACCAACAAGGCGGUGGUCAGUGCUAAAAAGGCUAGAAGAAAGAGGCUCUGGUGUUUUAUCAUUUGUCUUAUUAUUGUGAUUAUUAUUGCAGUCAUUCUCGGCGCUUACUUCGGCACUAAAUAG